AUCGAGAAGGCCUACCAGAAGCAACACCUCUUCCAAAACGCCAAGGUCAAGGGCGGCAAGAAGGUUUCCACGAAGGAGAAGCGAUGGUAUAAGGAUGUGGGAUUGGGCUUCAAGAUACCUUCAGAGGCCAUUACUGGCACCUACAUCGACAAGAAGUGCCCUUUCACUGGUAACGUCUCGAUUCGCGGACGCAUCUUGACCGGCCGUGUCGUGUCGACUAAGAUGACCCGCACCAUCAUCAUCCGCCGAGACUACCUCCAUUACAUCCCCAAGUACAACCGUUACGAGAAGCGGCACAAAAACCUGUCUGUCCACUGCUCUCCCGCCUUUCGUGUAGAGCUGGGCGACAUCGUGACCGUCGGCCAAUGCCGACCCCUGUCGAAAACGGUCCGUUUCAACGUCCUUAGGGUGUCGAAGAACAAGGCCGCUGCGAAGGCUUUCGGCAAGUUCUGA